UCCCAGGAAACAUUAAUAAUUUAAGUAUCUAAAGGUAGUAUAAAAAGACUGGAGCUCAAUAAUUGGUUACAGUAAAAGUUUUUCAGAAAACUUUGAACUUCGACUAGAGCAGCUAUGGCAACUUCUCUUGUUCUUGCCAUUUUAUUGGCAAUAACAACUUAUGAGGUGCGCUCAACUGGCUUUGGUUUCAACCUCCUUCCUAGCGGUAGUAUUAGUUUGAAAAAAGGAGGAGAAAUAGGAUUGGAGAUUGAAACUCCUGGAUUAAUAACGAAGAAAAAGAGAUUCGAGGUUGGUAUCGGGGGAAAUUUUCACGGAUCAGUAGGAAUUAAAAAUGGAGAUACGAAAAAUGGUAAUAGAGCUGCGUCAGGGCAAGAACAAAACCAUGUAGAACAUAGUUUAGGAGGUGAUGGUGAUGUUGGUCACAAACAUACGACGACAUACGAAGUACAUUACACUGGUCAGGGAAACAUCGGAAAUCAAUUCGAACACGAUUUGGGUGCGAUCGAUGGAAAAAGACAAACAAGCUCAGGAAGCUAUGGUGCUGGUGUGACUGUGCAUAAAGAAGGAGGUCUAUCUGGUGCUUGGGGUGGUAAUGGAAUCAGUAUAGAGGGUAAAAAACAACUUUCUUUUGGUGGCGGAACGUGGACCCAUGGAUCAUCAGGUACAGACGCAGGGCAAUCUCAGGGUUUAGCCGAAGCAACUAUCGAACAUACUCCAGGAAAUGAUCAUGACAUUGGUCACAAACAUACGACGACAUACGAAGUACAUUACAGUGGUCAGGGAAACAUCGGAAACCAAUUAGAACACGAUUUGGGUGCGAUCGAUGGAAAAAGACCAACAAGCUCAGGAAGCUAUGGUGCUGGUGUGACUGUGCAUAAAGAAGGUCUAUCUGGUGCUUGGGGUGGUAAUGGAAUCAGUAUAGAGGGUAAAAAACAACUUUCUUUUGGUGGCGGAACGUGGACCCAUGGAUCAUCAGGUACAGACGCAGGGCAAUCUCAGGGUUCAGCCGAAGCAACUAUCGAACAUACUCCAGGAAAUGAUCAUGACAUUGGUCACAAACAUACGACGACAUACGAAGUACAUUACAGUGGUCAGGGAAACAUCGGAAACCAAUUAGAACACGAUUUGGGUGCGAUCGAUGGAAAAAGACCAACAAGCUCAGGAAGCUAUGGUGCUGGUGUGACUGUGCAUAAAGAAGGAGGUCUAUCUGGUGCUUGGGGUGGUAAUGGAAUCAGUAUAGAGGGUAAAAAACAACUUUCUUUUGGUGGCGGAACGUGGACCCAUGGAUCAUCAGGUACAGACGCAGGGCAAUCUCAGGGUUCAGCCGAAGCAACUAUCGAGCAUACUCCAGGAAAUGAUCAUGACAUUGGUCACAAACAUACGACGACAUACGAAGUACAUUACACUGGUCAGGGAAACAUCGGAAAUCAAUUAGAACACGAUUUGGGUGCGAUCGAUGGGAAAAGACCAACAAGCUCAGGAAGCUAUGGUGCUGGUGUGACUGUGCAUAAAGAAGGAGGUCUAUCUGGUGCUUGGGGUGGUAAUGGAAUCAGUAUAGAGGGUAAAAAACAACUUUCUUUUGGUGGCGGAACGUGGACUCAUGGACCAUCAGGUACAGUUGCAGGGCAAUCUCAGGGUUCAGCCGAAGCAACUAUCGAACAUACUCCAGGAAAUGAUCAUGACAUUGGUCACAAACAUACGACGACAUACGAAGUACAUUACAGUGGUCAGGGAAACAUCGGAAAUCAAUUAGAACACGAUUUGGGUGCGAUCGAUGGAAAAAGACCAACAAGCUCAGGAAGCUAUGGUGCUGGUGUGACUGUGCAUAAAGAAGGAGGUCUAUCUGGUGCUUGGGGUGGUAAUGGAAUAAGUAUAGAGGGUAAAAAACAACUUUCUUUUGGUGGCGGAACGUGGACUCAUGGACCAUCAGGUACAGUCGCAGGGCAAUCUCAGGGUUCAGCCGAAGCAACUAUCGAGCAUACUCCAGGAAAUGAUCAUGACAUUGGUAACACACAUACGACGACAUACGAAGUACAUUACACUGGUCAGGGAAACAUCGGAAAUCAAUUAGAACACGAUUUGGGUGCGAUCGAUGGGAAAAGACCAACAAGCUCAGGAAGCUAUGGUGCUGGUGUGACUGUGCAUAAAGAAGGAGGUCUAUCUGGUGCUUGGGGUGGUAAUGGAAUCAGUAUAGAGGGUAAAAAACAACUUUCUUUUGGUGGCGGAACGUGGACUCAUGGACCAUCAGGUACAGUCGCAGGGCAAUCUCAGGGUUCAGCCGAAGCAACUAUCGAGCAUACUCCAGGAAAUGAUCAUGACAUUGGUCACAAACAUACGACGACAUACGAAGUACAUUACACUGAUCAGGGAAACAUCGGAAAUCAAUUAGAACACGAUUUGGGUGCGAUCGAUGGGAAAAGACCAACAAGCUCAGGAAGCUAUGGUGCUGGUGUGACUGUGCAUAAAGAAGGAGGUCUAUCUGGUGCUUGGGGUGGUAAUGGAAUCAGUAUAGAGGGUAAAAAACAACUUUCUUUUGGUGGCGGAACGUGGACUCAUGGACCAUCAGGUACAGUCGCAGGGCAAUCUCAGGGUUCAGCCGAAGCAACUAUCGAGCAUACUCCAGGAAAUGAUCAUGACAUUGGUCACAAACAUACGACGACAUACGAAGUACAUUACACUGAUCAGGGAAACAUCGGAAAUCAAUUAGAACACGAUUUGGGUGCGAUCGAUGGGAAAAGACCAACAAGCUCAGGAAGCUAUGGUGCUGGUGUGACUGUGCAUAAAGAAGGAGGUCUAUCUGGUGCUUGGGGUGGUAAUGGAAUCAGUAUAGAGGGUAAAAAACAACUUUCUUUUGGUGGCGGAACGUGGACUCAUGGACCAUCAGGUACAGUUGCAGGGCAAUCUCAGGGUUCAGCCGAAGCAACUAUCGAACAUACUCCAGGAAAUGAUCAUGACAUUGGUAACACACAUACAAAGACCUACGAAGUACAUUACAGUGGUCAGGGGAACAUCGGAAAUCAAUUAGAACACGAUUUGGGUGCGAUCGAUGGGAAAAGACCAACAAGCUCAGGAAGCUAUGGUGCUGGUGUGACUGUGCAUAAAGAAGGAGGUCUAUCUGGUGCUUGGGGUGGUAAUGGAAUAAGUAUAGAGGGUAAAAAACAACUUUCUUUUGGUGGCGGAACGUGGACCCAUGGAUCAUCAGGUACAGUCGCAGGGCAAUCUCAGGGUUCAGCCGAAGCAACUAUCGAACAUACUCCAGGAAAUGAUCAUGACAUUGGUAACACACAUACAAAGACCUACGAAGUACAUUACAGUGGUCAGGGGAACAUCGGAAAUCAAUUAGAACACGAUUUGGGUGCGAUCGAUGGGAAAAGACCAACAAGCUCAGGAAGCUAUGGUGCUGGUGUGACUGUGAAUAACGAAGGAAAACUAGCUGCGACUCCAGGUAGUGAUAAUUUAUUCAGUGCAACGGCUAAUAAAUUACUUUCGUUUGGCGGCAGUAUGUGGACUCGUGGAAAAUCCGCAAUAGGCCUCGGGCAAACGAAAAGUUCGGUCAAAGCUACUAGCGAACAUACUCCAGUAAAUGAUGAUGAUAUUGGCAACAAACAUACAAAGACAUACGACGUACAAAACAGUGGCCAGGGAGACAUCGGAAAUCAAUUAGAACACGAUAUGGGCGUGAACAAUGGAAAAAGACCAACAAGCUCAGGAAGCUAUGGUGCUGGUGUAACUGUGCAUAAAGAAGGAAGCCUUGAAGGGGCUUUCGGCGGUCUUGGAUCAUUCAACAUUGAGGGUCAAAAACAUUUUGCGGUUGGUAUUGGUAGUUUGCCUCAUGGAUCGUCAGGGAACCGUGUUGGAGAAACUCAGGGUUCGAGCGAAGCUCUUGUAAAACAGAAUCUUGAACAUGAUCAGGAACCUAUUGUUAACGCAGAUAAGAAUAAAUAUGAGGUAGGAUAUACUCAUUUCGGAAAUUUCCCAACUCAAACAGAACAUAGUAUGGAUAGUACCAUUACAAAGGAUUUGGCAAGCUCAGGUAGCAGUGGUGCUGGAACGAGUUUAGAUAAUGAUAAUAAAGUAGUUUGGGGCAUUGAUCAUGGUAUAAAUAUUAAUGAUAAAAAACAAGUUUCUUCCACCCCAGACAAAAAUGAUCAAAUAUCAGGAAUGGAAGUACAGCAUAGCGGUUUCGGACAAAUUCAAAAACACGAGCAUGGUCGUAUUGAAGUUGGUACAGGAGGUGAUAUUGAACGAAGUUUUGAAGCAAAAAUCUAUAGCCAUGAAAAUGGACACACUGGUUGUGUAGAUGGCCAUUACCACGGUCAAAUUCAAGAUCAUUCUCGACACCAUGCAAAUAUUGGAUCCGGAAUCGGUGUUCAAACAACCGACAAUGGGUACAGACAAAUUCCCAAUCAAGGAAAAAUCAAUAGUGAACAAGAACAUGGAUACGUUAAGCAUAUUACCUUCUCCUCUGGGGAUCAAAAUGAAAAUCAAAGACUCAGACAAAGCCAAGAUGCCGCACAUCAUGGUGCUAGUUUUGAGUUUCAUUCUGAAAAGCAGGGAGAAAUAGGAUCACACCAAGGAGAACAUAAUCACGGUUAUUCUGUUGUUUACGUAAAACACAGAGGUCAAGAUGGGUUAGGAGCAGGUGUAUGGAGCGAAGGUGAUGAGGCAACUGUAUCUAAUCUGGAGAUAGAAGGCAAACAUAAUGGUCGUCUAGAGACACAGGAACAUGGAAAAUUUGAUCCCGGAUUUAUCUUAUCUAAUUACCUCAACAAACCAGGUGUAUUAGUUUAUAAACAAAGUACUAACACAGACGAUUUAAUCUCCGGACAACGAGUAUUUAAUGGCAGACCGUCUUUGAGUGGAACCGAUAACAAACAGAGUUCUCUGAAUUGGGGAAUAGAUUCCAGUAAAUUUAUUAACCACGGUUCAAACGGCGAAGUACGCCAUUUCUCUGAACAUAGAUAUGGAUACCACCGCGGCAACAAGAUCGAACACCAAUCUAAAUCCGAGGUCAGGCAUUUUUCUACUUCUGUAACGAGUUCUGGUCACGGAGGAUUCUCUUCAGAAUCCUCUGUGAGCCACACAACAUCCAACGACGACGGGAGUGCCUUGCAUACCCAAUCUAAACCUAUCGAAAAUUCUCUUGAUGGAAAAAGCAUCGUCGGGAUAAGCGGAGACGGCUUAUUAGACAUCAGAUCGAAAGCUUAAGAUUCCAUUGACAUUAAAACUGGACACAACACUCAUUUAAUGACCCAAGGCGGAAAAAUACUGGCAAAUUCAACGAGAGAGAAAUUCAUUAAAAUUAUUAUUAAUUAAGACUUUU